UGGAGGAGGUUGCCCAUUCUACUUUAGUGGGUCUCGUAGGAGGGGUUCCUUGUUUGAGGCAGAGCGGUCAGGAGAAAGGAUAGCUUUGGAAGCAGGCAGCGGCAGCAGCAACUAGCAAGCACUCUUUCCGUGAGGUGUGCACAGUAGUGGGUUCUCAGGAGCUGCGCCGUUGGAAAGAGGUUCGGACUCAUCCUGCGCCUAUGGAGCCAACGUGUUUGCCCCAGGUCUUUGUUUCAGAAAACCUGAUGGUGACAUUGCCGUUGCUUGCUGCCCAGCAUGGUUAAGAAACCUGAUUGCAAGAAAGAAAUUUUGCACCUUAAUGUCAUCUGCAGUUGGCAUCACAGGACUCGAUGGGCCUGGCUUCCACUGGAACUGAAUGUUACAGUGAAAGUUCCCUCAUGGAACAGCAUGAAGUGCAGAGCUUUUCUCCAGCUAUUUCAAGAUGACCAUUUAUCACCUCUGAUAAAUGUACACUGACAACUCUACAAGCCAUGAAAGAAAUAAAUUAAUAGUGACCAAAGCACAAGAAAACUACAUUCAGAGGAAGCAAGGACCUCGGUUUUUUUAUUUGAAAUGGUGAGGAGGCUGUUGAGGAGGAAACUUGGUCCUUGUCAGAUCAAACCCUUCUUUCUGUUACUCGUUUUUACCCUAAUCAUAUGCUUCACUAUCUUAAGGAUUCAUGAAAAGUCAGAUUUUUUAAAUCACAGACAUUUAGAGUUUACUAGAGAGAAUCCAUAUAAUAAUGUUAAUUGCACCAAAGUUAUACUGGGUGACAAAGAAGAAAUACAAAAUGUGAAGCUUACAAUGCUAACAGUGAAAUAUAGACAUCUCCCUCGGUGGACAAAUGAUGAUUACAUCAAUAUGACCAAAGACUGUACCGCUUUCAUUAAGACCCGCAAAUAUAUCACGGAACCUCUUAGCAAAGAGGAGGCAGAAUUUCCCAUUGCAUAUUCAAUAGUGGUUUAUCACAAAAUUGAAAUGCUUGAUAGGCUCCUAAGAACCAUCUACACACCUCAGAAUUAUUAUUGCAUUCAUGUUGACAAAAAAUCUCCUGAAUCCUUUUUAGCAGCAGUGAAGGGGAUUGCAUCUUGUUUCAAUAACGUCUUCAUUGCCAGUCAAUUGGAGAGAGUCGUGUAUGCAUCAUGGAGUAGGGUCCAAGCAGACCUCAACUGUAUGAGAGAUCUCUACAGACAGAGUUCAGAAUGGAAGUAUUUGAUAAAUCUUUGUGGUAUGGAUUUCCCUAUUAAAACCAAUCUGGAAAUGAUAAGGAAGCUAAAGUCUUUAAUGAAUGGAAACAGCUUGGAAACUGAGAAAAUGCCUUCCCAUAAGGAAGUAAGGUGGAAGAAGCAUUAUGAAGUCAUCGAGGGCAACCUAAAAAACACAGGAAAAGAUAAACCACGUCCUCCUGUUGAAACGCCAAUUUUUUCAGGCAGUGCCUAUUUUGUUGUUAGUAGGAAGUAUGUAGAGUAUGUCCUAACCAACGGGAAGAUCCUGAAAUUUAUUGAGUGGGCUAAAGAUACAUACAGCCCAGAUGAAUAUUUGUGGGCCACAAUUCAAAGAAUCCCUGAAGUUCCAGGUGCACUUCCUUCCAGUAAUAAGUAUGACAUUUCUGACAUGCAUGCAAUUGCCAGGUUUGUCAAGUGGCAAUACUUGGAAGGAGACAUUUUCAAGGGAGCUCCAUAUCCACCAUGUAGUGGGAUUCAUGUCCGCUCUGUAUGUGUUUUUGGGGUAGGAGAUUUAAACUGGAUGCUACAACAGCCCCAUUUCUUCGCCAACAAAUUUGAUACUGAUGUUGACUCUUUUGCAGUCCAGUGUUUAGAGGAGCAUCUGAGACAUAAAGCUCUAAAGCCAAUGGAAUACUGAAUAUGUUUACUGUAAGAGAAAAGCAAAAAUAGCCACGAUGUGUAGAAUGUCCUCUGUAUUUCAGAAAAAAACAAACCAACAUGGAGAAGCCACAUUAUGAAUUGUCUUUCCUCCACUGGCUACUAGUUUUCUAUAGAAUGCAUUCUGUUAGAAAUACUUUGGAAUCAAACUAUGAGAUUGGAGUUAAAUAAAAUGUCUAUUUGGGGAAGGAAAGGAGGGAGUCAUGAUCUUUCCUAUUCAUAAAUAUAAUCUAAAAAUGAUAUUGUCCUCUUUCAAAAAGAUUUGAAUAAUGAAGUAAAUAUAUAUUUGUACGUAUGUAUGUUUGUAUAUCUUUCCACAAUGUCAAAUUAUUUUUUAUAUGUUUUCGGAGUGAAGGUGGACAGACAGAUUGUUGGGGGCAGGGUCAGGAUUUGGAGUAGAUGCAGAUGAAAAGAGCAAAUUCAAAGAGCUCAGGGACCAAAAAAAAAGAAAUUUUUUUUUCUAUAGAUUUCAGUGGUGUCACAGUAUUGGGAGAACUUUGGAGUACGAAUGUUUUCUUGAACUGAAUUAAACUUAAAAGCAACAGUCAAUCAUAAAAAUAUAAUUUAUCUUUAAACAAUAUUUUAUGUAUAUAUUGUGCUAUAAGUUUGGUGUUUGUUCCAAAUGAACUAUGUGAAACAAAGUUUGAUUUUGGUUGGAAAAAUUCUGUAUUUGCACAAUGUUCUUAUGUACAUCUUCUCAGGGGACAUAAAAGCCAAGUGCCUGAAUUUCUAACAUAAUAUUUCAAGUUAAUUUCAACACUCAUUUUAAUUUUUUUCCAGAACAAAAAUGACAGUUCCUUGUUCAUUUGAUACCAAUGAUGAUGUUUCUAAGAGUUUUUAAAUGUGUUAACUCUGUCUCAAACCGUGAAAGACUAAUGAAAAAUAAUUGCCACACACACAUGAUCCAGUUCAGGGGUUCUUAACCUGGUUUGAAUAACAAAUAAUAUUUUGAUCACUGUA